GAAAUCAGGGUUGUCCAAUUGACUUGCAUCAACUUGUAUUGCGGAACGUAAAUUUGUGCUGCUGCGUGUUUGAGGCAAUUGUGUUUCGUAAAAAAAGACCUUGUGCCGUUUUAGCUGGUCAUUUUUCUGACGUUUGUGAUUGAUGCAAUCCAAGUUCAAUAAAAUAUAAUGAAAUAUUCAUUCUAAACACAUGCUAAGCACAGUAUAAGUCCCCACCAAACUAGAUCAAGUACGAUCACGCAAACUCCAACAAUUACUGUCAAAGGGGUUUCGUGGCAGGUGUAUUGGUAGCGUUCCCGUAAAAUACAUUUCGCUAGCCAUGACCGAUCAGGAAAGUAUGGAGGAAGAUAUGCUGGGGAUGCUGAAACCAAGGAAGCUGAAAACAACAUCCAACGAGGAUCGGGAACGCAUUGUACAGGCGAGAGAAAUGGGCAGCAGUGUUUCCGUGAUUGCUAAAUCGCUGAACAUCAAGAGAACUACAGUGUACAAUGUGCUGAGGAAGUAUCAUGCAACGAUGAAAGUGGAGGCAGAACCACGCGGAAAGGUAAUGGAGAAAAAGAUUUCACCACAGAUCCGGGAACAAAUCAAACGAUGGAUUGAUGAGGACUGCAGUACAUCUUUGGAAAAGAUAACGUACAGAAUUUUGGAACAAUUUCAAGUUAGAGUGUGUCGAUCGACGGUGGCAAAAGAAGUAGGUGACUUUAACUACUCAUUAAAAAGACUGCAUUUACAUGGUGAUCAGAAACAUGAGGGGGACAUUGUGGCUGCUCGUCAGGAAUAUGCCAAUGCACUGUCUGCAAUGUCUGCUAACCUACCAGACAAUAGCGUCGUUUUCAUAGGUGAAGAAGCGUUCAAGAUCAGCGUCAGAGUGAUGCGAGCCAAACCUUGCUCAGGAAAUCGGGCAUUUAAAAUUAUGCCAGAGAUACGAAUCCGCAACGUAACGGUACUUUGCGCCAUGAACCGGUUUGGCAUAUUGCAUUACCUUACCCGUAACAGGGCCAUCGAUAGAAGCGUUUUUAGUGCGUUCAUAGAAGAAUUGAUAGUAAAAUUACGCUUGAUAAACAUUCCACGCGCAGUUAUCAUAAUGGAUGACGUUCCAACCCAUACGAGUGUAGAGACGAAAAGUCUGUUUGAACAGGGCCCAGACGAGCUAAUGUACCUACCUUUACAAUCCUCAUUUCUGAACCCAAUCGAAACCCUCUUUAGCAGCUGGAAGCAGAUAUGCAAUCGUGCAAACCCAAACAGCGAAGAAGAGGUUAUUGCAGCGAUAGAAAAUGGCCAGGACCUUAUAACACCGACUGAUAGCGAGGGAUGCUUCCAGCUAAUGUGGAGCCACGUUAUGUUUGAGACAAUACAAAAUUGAAAAUGGGAAACUCCAUUUAGUGAUCGAGGAAA